CUCCCUGCGCUGUGUGGCCCUCCCUGCGCUGUGUGACCCUCCCUGCGCUGUGUGACCCUCCCUGCGCUGUGUGGCCCUCCCUGCGCUGUGUGACUCGCUCUGUGCACCGUGCACCACGCAGCUGCUCUUCUAACAGGUGAGCCACUCGGAGACCCCCCCCCCAUCAGUUUUAAUUCAAAACAACAACAAAAAAUAGGUAGGGUUUGAAAUCGAGGACACGUCCUCAGUCUUCUACGUUUUCUUAAAGUAAGCCUUGUCUUAUCUCUCUCCCUGUCUCGCUCUACCUGGCUCUCUCUUUCUGCCUCCUCUCCCUGUCUGUCUCUCUCUCCCUUGCUGUACCUGUCUCUCUCUUUCUGCCUCCUCUCCCUCGUUGAUUUUGUACAGUGGUGGAAAUCACUUUUUUAUUUAAUGGUCUGUGGCCUUUUAACUGUGCUUUGUAAUCAUGUUCUCAUUGAGAUUAAUGAAAUAAACCACCCCAGUCUUAACUUUGACAUGUUUGCACUCCGUGCCUCAGUUAUAAGAGCUUGAAUUCCCUGUGCAAUGACUGUUACGCAGAAGAUUUGAGGGGGGGUAUUGUAUUCAUGGUUUUGUUUUUAUGAUUGUUAUAAAUGUGUCACUGGUUUUAUUUGAAUAAAGGUGAAUCUGUUUGGAAUUGAAAUUCAAGAUGGGAGAAGUUUUUAAUUAGCCACACAGGGUGUCUUUUUUUUUUUUUACAGUGGCUACCAGGAAUCCACGUGGAUUCCACUAAUCCCAUGUUUUUAGGGAUGACCACCGAUAAGGUGGUUGAUGCAGUCCAGGGGUGUUUCACCAUUCUGUGUGGCUCAUCCAGCUGUUGCUUAUCCCAGCAAGGCACAGCUUUAUAAAAUCAACCCCUAGGGGUUCCUGGGAGUCAGGAGCCAGGGACGAGCUGAAGCCUCUGUGCCGUCCCGGCAGACUGUGAGGACCAUCGGGCUGCUGCUGCUGCUGCCUGGGUGUUCACUGCAAGACAGAACCAGGGAGACGACGCUUUGACUUCCGCUGGUACACAGAACCUGGCACUUCCGUGCACGGCAGUCCUCGGGCCAGUGCAAGCACCCAAGGAGACGCGAUACAAUAAUGAUCACCAAAACUAAAAGGAAAAAUAAACCCGCUCUGAAGUCAUCACAAAUUCCACGGUGGAGACAAAUCAAUACAAUUAAAUAAAAAUGAAAAUGCACGAAGCUGUAAUUCAGUGCUUUAUCAUAUUUAAUAUAAAAUACAUCAAACUAUAAUAAAGAUCUGGGUUUCAAGCCAGGAGGCUGCUGGGAGCAGUCAGCCCCUCCUGGUGCUCGGGCUGGGUGACAGCACGUUUGAGAAGGGAAGCUGGGCGCACAGUUUAUUACAGGUGCGAGGAGGUCAUGAAGCUGACCCCAUUUUGGCUCCGACACAGAGUCGCCGUCAGGUUUUAAACCCAUAGAACCGGCUGAGCCACCAUGGAGCAGACCGGGCUGCAGUUUCAUUGGACUCCCUGCUGUAGUACCCAUGCCUGGCUUGGCGGGCUGUUUCUAACAGUUAUACCGCGCUGCAGGGGGCAGUGUUGUCUUCGCAUUCCUCCAGAGAGCCCAACCCUGUUUAAAAACAUAUUUCAAACUGUAAGACGGGUUUGCAUCGGCAGAGUGGUGCUUCCUGCUGUAGAAUUGGAGUCAGAAAUACUGUGUUGGAGCCCUGGAGCAUUAAGAAUGAUCGGAGUACUACUCCAUAACAUAAAACAAACAAACAAAAACAUAAUGGCUAUUUUGUUUAAGCUCUCGCCGAUCUCGUACAAACAUAAAUGCAGACAGCAAACUUAUAGCGCUGGAUAAUAAGUCACGUUGCACGCUCCCAGUCGGACUGCAUUUGACUGCUAUGGGGAGGGGGCGUGUCUGUCUGCGAGUAGUAGGCAGAGCUGAUUGGCUGGCACGUUCGAAUGUGAGUUUUUUAAAUCUCUCCGGUGACGCAUCAACUCGGCAGCAGCGGCAGUGUAUUUGCCCAGUCCUUCCCGUCAGGAUGAGAACGAGCGAAUUCGACUCCUCAGACGAGGAGGAAGAGGAGCAGAGUCAGCUACAGAUCUCCUGGUUAUCCCUGUCGGUCGUGGGCAGCUCCCAGGUCCUGGGCAUAUGUGCCCUGCCAGGGUGUAAAUUUAAAGACGUGAGACGGAAUCUACAGAAAGAUAUAGGAGAGCUGAAGGCACAGGGGGUGCAGGAGGUGUUUGUGUUCUGCACGCGCGGGGAGCUCAUUAAGUACCGCGUCCCACAGCUCCUGGACUCCUACAGGCAUCUGGGGCUGGGCGUGCACCACCUCCCCUUCCCCGACGGGAGCGCUCCGGAGCUGGGACAGUGCUGCCAGAUCCUGGGGGAGCUGCAGGAGAGCCUGGAGAGCAACCGCAGGACCGUCAUCCACUGUUAUGGAGGUCUUGGCCGCUCUGGCUUAAUCGCUGCCUGCCUCCUGCUGAGGCUGUCCCACUCCCUCACCCCGGAGAAGGCCAUCGAGCUCCUCCGAGAGCAGAGGGGACCCGGAGCCAUUCAGACAGUCAAGCAAUACAACUUCUUGCACGAGUUCCGGGAGAAGUUCACAGAACACCAGGCAGCAGAAGAGGAUUCAACAACAAGAUCUGUUUCAAGAUAAAGAUUUAAAACAUCAAAAAAAGAACUUUGGUGGGCCCCUGAGCCACACAUUGGUCUCUGUGUGAGUGAGAGCGAGUCCAGGGAAUACGAUUCCCUCGAAUGUGGGAGCUAAUUUGUCUUUGCCCUGGACUAACAGUGUCUCUUGAUUUCUGGAUUUCUUUGUUAUUCUUGUCACUUGGUGACAGUGUUGGUGUGGCUGCAUGAUGGGGUGCGCUUGGAUGAAUGCUUCUAAUAAUUCGGAGCACCUUCUUUGUUUUACACUUUUAUUACUUUUCCAGGGAAUGGUGCGGCUCUAUCUCUCAGAUCUAUUGAUAAUAUAGAAUUACAGUCUUUUCAGAUUACUGUUUUUGUUGGAAGAAUAUUAAUGCUACUGGUUGUAUAUAUAUAUAUAUAUAUAUAUAUAUAUUUUUAAAUAUAAUUCU